CCGGCCCCGGCGCAGGACGAAGGCCGCUGUCCCACAUUGAGAUCUCGGCUGGGAGCGGCGGAAAACUCGGCGCUGAUUCCGGGGGAGAAAAUGAGAAUUGGAUAAAUUUGGAAUCAUUGAGAGGAGCCAAAUGAGCGUUACACCGUCCGGCCUGAGUGAGAGGUUUCCCAUCAGAAGACUUCCCAGGCAAGGAAGUAUAUUGAACAAGGAUCUGUCACCUGAUAAGAAGCAUGACAAAAAGAACUCUGAGAAAUCUCCUCUAUAUGAGUUUGACCCGACAGGCCUGGUUCAACGCUGUGUCAUAAUCCAGAGAGAUGAGAAUGGAUUUGGUCUGACAGUCAGUGGCGAUAAUCCUGUAUUUGUCCAGUCCGUCAAAGAGGAUGGGGCAGCUGUUCGGGCAGGUGUGCAGCAAGGAGACAGAAUUAUUAAGGUUAAUGGAUCACUGGUGACACACUCAAACCAUGUAGAAGUGGUCCGGUUAAUCAAAUCUGGGUCAUAUGUGGCCCUCACAGUCUUGGGUCGUCCGCCCGGGUCUCCGCAGAUCCCAUUCUCAGCAACCGAUGGAGAUCCUGGGGCUUUCUUCUUUCCUGGCCAACAAGGAGCAAUAUCCCCAAAUCCAACCUUCUCCCCAUAUUCUUCAAGUAGCAGCUGCCCAGACAGGAUCACCAGCCCCAUGCCUGUGGCGGAAGACACCCUUGUACACAAUCAGAAAGUUGAAAUCCUGAGAAACAUGCUGGACACUGAGAUCCGGCAGCUGCAGCAACUUAAGGAGAAGUAUGUGAGAAACCCAACACAGCAACUGCUUCGAGAUCAACAAGAAGUGGAGAAACAUAUUCAUCAACUGCAAGAGCAACUGAGCAAAGCUACAGGCUCCUCACAGGAUGGCUCAAGUUGUGUACGACACUCAGAAUCAUUAUCAAUUGUGGAAAGACUCACUGAAGAUGGAGGAGAGUGGGAACAUGAUCUGCAAUCCCAGAGUGAGAAUAUGGGGACAGACAAAAGCCAGAGUUCAUUCAACCGUGCAGAGUCUACAAUAACCAGCCCAUCUCCCCCAAGUGAUAGUCAACAUUACAGAGACAGUCUGAGCAACAGUCCCAAGACCUCCCCAAAAGAUGCUGGCAGCUUCUGUGAGAAUAUGGACAUUGAUGAAAACCAGGACUGGGAUUCUAUGUCCCCAGCACUUAAUAGUCCGCAGAUUGGAGCACAGAUAAUUGGAGCAGAAGAUGAUGAUUUUGACACUGAAGUUGAGCAGAUCGACGUUCAGUGCGACUGUUUUCAAUCCAUUGAGUCCGUGAAGUCUCGGCCUGCGCAUCUCGUUGCAUUCUUACAUCAUGUUGUGUCCCAGUUUGAUGCAGCCCCAUUGCUCUGUUAUCUUUAUGCCGAUCUCUAUAAUCAUACGAACCCAAAGGACCAUCGUCGAGUAUUUGUGGAGUUCUGUCAUUUGUUUCUGGAGAAGGGUUCGAAUCUCAAAGUUCAAGUUCCAGAAUGGAUCAGCACAGAGCUGGAGAGGAAGAGAGGAGAUCUUACUGAGGAAAUGCAGCGAAGCUACAUGCAGGGAAUGCAGGCCAGUGUCCUAUCUGAUGUUAAGACACAUCUGGAAGAUUUCAGACAAAAGAGGAACAUGGGAAUGACUAUCGCAGAGAAUGAGUUGGCAAAGUUAGAUCGGGAACGAAUGCAUGAUCGUGUGUCAGCAGAACAGAAAGAGCGGUUGCAUGCAGAGCACUUGUUACUGAAGAUUGAUGAUGUUUUGAUGAACUUAUCUCCCUCUGAGGAAGAUCGAAGCAAUUCCAUUAGUGAUGUGAUCCUCAUCUACAUGAAACACCUGGGUGUGAAAGUGAAGGAUUCAAGGAACUUGGACAGAGAUCGCAGAAUAAGAGUUGCAUUCUUCCCAAAAAAGAAGCCAAGUAUUAAGAAGGAGAAGGAGUCGGUGAAAGAUGAUGACAAAAAGAAACGGUUCCAGAGCAUCCUGGAUCCAAUUCGUCGCACAAGCAAACAGGAUCGUAGUGCCAUUGAAAAGGCCAGGUUACUGUACCAAAAGCAGAUGGGACCAUACAACCGCUCACUUUCACAUUCUGAUCACAAUGAGAGAACUAAACCCAGCCCAUUCUUCAGUGAGGGGAGUGAUGCAAACCAUCAGCCUGCAGCAGUUGGACUGGCAGGGUCAGCAUUGAGUACCUCUGUCCAUGAUGGGGUUCCGGAGAAUGAUACAGAUCCUAUAGCUGCAGCAUCUGCUGCAUUGAGGAUGGCUGGUGACAAUUUGUCAAUUGACAGCAACAGUUCCAUACCAAAGUCAAGCUUUGAUUUUCCAUUUGCCCUGGAUCAGGUGAUGGAGGAAGAUCGGGAGUCAGAGAGGAGUCUGGAGACAGCCACGCCCCCAUGUACACCAAAACCAGGUCGCAGAAUGGAUGGUCAUGGUUAUGGAGCUUGGACUGAGCCAACUUCUCAAAGCCAGUGCCUGGCUCAGACAGAUGAAGAUCAAAUGCACCUAUCAGAUGUGGAGCAAGACCCAGCGAAUUGGCAGCAACUGGUGAGCCAGGACAUCCUGUCUGGCCUGAAACCACAUGAGAUCAAGCGGCAGGAAGUUAUUAAUGAACUUUUCAACACUGAGCGUGCUCACAUCAGAAUGCUGAAAGUUCUGGAUGUAAUCUUUUACCAGAAGAUGAUGCGAGAUGGCAGUUUACCUGCAGCUGAAGUGAGGAGCAUAUUUUCCAACCUUGAUGAAAUUCUGCAGCUUCACAUUUCAUUAAAUGAGCAGAUGAGGAAAGUCUGGAAAAGGAAUGAAAACUUUGUGGUUGAUCAGAUUGGAGAAGACCUGCUGAGCUGGUUCAGCUGCUCAGAAGAGGAGAAGUUUAAACGAGCUGCUGCCACUUUCUGCAGUAAUCAGCCAUUUGCCCUAGAACUCAUCAAAUCAAAACAGAAGAAAGAUGCACGAUUCCAGGCGAUUAUUCAGGAGGCACAGAGUAAUCCACAGUGCCGAAGACUGCAGUUAAAGGACAUCAUCCCGACUGAAAUGCAGAGACUGACAAAAUACCCGUUGCUUCUGGAGAAUAUUGCUAAAAACACAGAUCCAGAGCAACAUGAAGAGAAAAAGAAGGUGAAGAAAGCUGCAGAAUGUUGUAGGCAGAUUCUGAAUUUUGUGAAUCAGGCUGUGAAAGAAGCUGAGAAUAAACAGCGGUUGGAAGAUUACCAGCGUCGCCUGGACCUGUCCAGCCUAAAGCAGUCAGACUACCCACUGAUUGAGGAAUUUCGGAAUCUGGAUCUUACAAAGCGGAACAUGAUUCAUGAAGGGCCUCUAACCUGGCGAGUAAAUAAAGACAAAACAAUCGAUCUCUACACUCUGCUGUUGGAGGAUAUCCUGGUCCUGUCUCAGAAGCAGGAUGAGCGACUGGUGUUGAAAUGUCACAGUAAGAACCUUGCUGCCAAUGCAGACACAAAACACAUCUUCAGCCCCAUCAUCAAGCUGUCUGCUGUGCUCGUGCGGGAAGUCGCAACAGAUAAUAAGGCUUUCUUUGUCAUCUCAACAUCAACUGAUGGUGCACAGAUCUAUGAACUGGUAGCCCAGACAGUCUCUGAACGAAAAACGUGGCAGUAUUUAAUCACACAGACAUCAGGAUCAAUUAAACCUCCAAGCCACCAUGUGAUCCCUGAGCCAGCAGUUACAGAGGGUGAGCAAGAAGACGAGGAGAAUCUGAGCACACUGCAGCAAAGUGGAUCAGGCAAAGUUUUGGGAAGAAUGUUCGGCAGCAGUGAAUCUCCACAAGGUAAAGAGAUGUCAUCUGGGACUGAAGAUACUCUGAAUCUCUCCGUGUCAAGCCAGCAGAAACCUCAUGUAGUCCCGUCUAUGCAAGGGACAGAUGAGCAGAACAGACCCACGAUGGAGUACACCAGCCUCCGCAGAUCAACUGAUCAAAGGCUACCCCACAGAAACACUGAGCCACGCUAUUCAAGUCAGGGUCAGUCUUCAGGCUCACUGCAGUUCUGUUCCCAAGCAGAGCUUGCACUAACAAACCUUCACACCUUGAAGCAAUUGCUCUCCUUUCACAUGCUGAAUUUGGAUGAAGAUGGCAGUGAUGGAGGCUCAUUUCAGCACCUUCCAGAGGAAGACAGUUGCCUGACGUCUCCAAAGCCAGGGGCAGAUGGGUCACUGGACUGUACAGUGUAUUGUCAAGGUGAGACAACUGACAAGACUCUGCAGCAUCAGAUUGAGUUAGACAAUGGGACACUGGAAGAAACAGAAACUCAAACAAGUCUUACUGAAAGGACUAAACUUUCCCGUCACUUUACGCUGGAAGCGGCUCACAGUGAAGAGCACAACCCAGACUCUGCAACAGAUGACAGCGGAGAAAGGUUCUAUGAUGCCCCAGAAGAUCAUGCAGAUGAACAUCGGCCACAGCAGAACUGCUCCAGUCCCAACAGAGAUGAGAGGUCAAAGUCGCAAGCACGUGUGUCAGGACAUUACAUAACCCUGGACGGAUUUCCACAGACUGAGGGGAGCUCCACUGAUGAAACUGACAUGUCAGUGAUUCAGGCUGAAUGUUCAGUGGAUUAUACUGCCCAAAGUACAGAAGCAAGGGAGGAUUGCAAUGUUAGUGGACCGUGUAAUCCAGGCGUGGAAUUCGGGCAGUUGCUUCCUUCGUUGGACGUACAAAAUCACAUUUUCCAAUUGAUACGGAGCAUAGAGUCCGACCUGAAGCAUUUAAAGGAGGUGGAGUUGGAAUAUUACAAUCAACAGGUCUUGGAAUCAGCAGUGUCACAUGAGCAAACAAGAGACAGUUAAUGCAGUUUGGUCGGAUACAGAAUCGAGCCAGACUUGGUGUUGAAAUGUGGGUGCUUGGAUCUGAUCCCUCAAAGCUCCAGCUAACUCUGGACUUUGGAGACAUUUGUGGAACCAAAUGUUGAUUCUGUAAAUGCCACUGAGUUCUGCAUGUCAUUUUUGGGAUGGUCCUGCCGGUGACCAGUGAGUGCUACUGGUUUCCGCCGUACUGGUGAGUUCCGGAACAGUUGAUAUAAUCACCUUCCCUUGUGUACACUCACCUCUCUUGAUUAUAGAACUGAUCUCACUCGCCACAUGUCCAAAAACCAAAUGUACAGAAAUUUGGAAGAAAAUCAAUUUAGAUUUUGAAGAAAUCGAGAUGUAUUUAUUUGUAUCCACAUGCUAUGAUAAAUGCAAUCUUUUUGUUAUAAUUUUUAUUUUUGUAGUCUGCAUUGAGCUGAUUUGCAGAUGAAGAUUGAGAUCUGGUCAAUUAAUGGAAUUCAACACUGGGGGCAGUGAAAUAGAUGGAAUAGGGGUGCAAGAGAAUUAUUACACUGUGAGAGAGACACGACACAGUUGGGAUGUAAGAAGGAGAGUUAUAGUCGGCUGUUGUGUGAGAGGAUGAUGUGUUAUUGCACAAUUUCAAAGCUACAGCAUAAAUAUGAGAAGGCUCGACAGGUUUCAGACCCAUGUGCACUUGCUGUAUCCUGAUGAGCUGUAGAAUCAGGGUUCUGGACCAAAGCUGUUUUAUUAGCAAAGCCUCCACUUGGAGAGAAGCAACAGAUUAAAGACCAGGUACUUGUUUCAGGUUAUGAUGAUGAACUUUAAAACUUGUCAUUUCCCUGAGCAUGUGCAGAUCGUUUGCUGUAUUGUUUUGUACUUUUUGCAAAUGCAUUUACCUGAGAUAAUCUGUACUUUUCGCAAACAUGUAUUUCUCAUCAAGAGGGAAGUGUUGGAAAAACAAACUAUUUACUUAAUAAAGGCAGAUCUAGUUUCUGAAGCAAAACGUUAGAAAUGUUAAAAUCCUGGGCUUGGGCUGACCAGCACUUUCUAUCAGAAUUUCUGAUAUGUUCAGGCAUUUAGGACAUCACCUCCUAAGAACUGUGAAACACACAGUAAAUGGAACUUCCUAUCCAUUCCUGUGCCACUUGUUUAAGAAGCUGUUUCCGCAGACAUGCCAUGUCUAAUUAUGGUUUCUGUUUCACUAAUUGGUCUCAGAUGUGGCUCGGAGGAGUAGUUUCAUUGCUGAGCUGACAAUCAGCCCCUAACUGAGCUGGAAGUUACCGUAGUUGUUGUGUACCGAUUACAGAUUGAGUACAAGAAACAGCUAAUGUGAGCCUAGUGCUGGGUUUCAUUGUAAAGUCUGACUAAAACAAUCACUUUCAGCUCUCAAACCAUCAGUUACUUGACUGCUUGUUCUAACACUACGGAUUGCCCCUGACGUGUAUACACAUCUGGUGAAGCCCCUCUUGCUGUUCUAUAUAUUGCCCUGCACAUUACACUAACCUUGCUGCCUCCCCUAACCUAUAGUUUUAAAGUUUAGAACUUUGACAUAUUUCAUUUGUUUUUAUCUAACUUUGUAAAAUAGCAUCUCGUGUAAGAUUUAGUAAAGACAUUAUGUUACUUGAAAAAAAUAUAAUUCUGUUUUUGGGAUCUGGGUUUUAAAGAAAUGUUUCAUUAUAAUUAUAAUGUUGAAAUAUAAUUAAAAAGCUUGUGGCUGAAAGAUUUGCUUCUA